GCACCGCCCAGAACCCGCCGCCGCCGUCGAGAUCCCGCAAAGUGGGGCGCAGGCCACUAGGACCACUUCCGGACUUCAGGUACGAAGUUCGCUCCUGCUGGCUCCUGGGAGGACUUGGGGCUGUAGUCAACAAUGGUUUUUGAACUCAGGUCCUUCCUACACAUUCAGUCUUACUGCACUGCUUCUUGGGCACAGAUGAGCUCCCCUGUUUUAUUUCAUUCUUCUUCCCACAGAUACUGAGGAUUUUUCAGUGUUGCCUCCUUUUCAGGGCCAUCGUCUCCUCCUGUGCCCCGGAUUUCCUCCCCAAAGACCCUUCCGCACAGUAAGUUCUAGCUUACCCUCGAGAAGUUGUCCUUUCUCCCUUGCUCUACGACUGCAGCCUUGCCAAUGGACCUUGUUGGUUUUGGUUAUGCAGCCUUUGUGACAUUUGGAAGUAUUGUGGGGUAUAAGCGGAGAGGUAGUAUUCCGUCUUUGAUUGCUGGUCUCUUUGUUGGACUUUUGGCUGGCUAUGGAGCUUACCGUGUCUCCAAUGACAAGCGAGAUGUGAAAGUGUCUCUGUUUGCAGCUUUCUUUCUGGCCACCAUAAUGGGUGUGCGGUUUAAGAGAUCCAAGAAAAUAAUCCCAGCUGGGCUGGUGGCAGGCUUAAGCCUCAUGAUGAUUCUAAGACUUGUCUUACUGCUGCUCUGAGAAUCCGGAGGAACUGAAAGCUGAAUUGACAUCAUUCUACACUAACGGGCAGAACACACUCUUGGAACUCAGAAGAUAAAUUUCAGUAUGGAAUGUUAAGUGUCUUAUUUAAUACUAGAAACAAAAGAAAUACUGUCACCUCUUAUAUGAACACUAGUCUGAGGUGUUGUUUGUUUUGUUUUUGAACAAAACUUUGUUUUCUAAUUGUCAGGUACUGUUUUCAUUAAAGGUGUUUAAUAGCCUGGCCA